AUGGAGGAAGAAGAAGAACUCGAACAACGCGCGGAAAAACGAAUAAUGUUCUUCUCCCCGGGCCACGCGACGACGAGGACGAGGACGACUUCGUCCGGGAAGAAAAAAACGGGUGGUGGUUUCGCAGCCGAAGGGAGAGUCAAGUCGUCGUACAAGAGCACGAGGCAUUCGGUGAGACCGACCCCUUCGAAUCCUGGGGGUGGGAAAAGGAACGACGACGACAACGCCAACCCGUUCGGCGGCGUCGACCCCGGCUUCUCCUCCUCUGCCUUCACGUUCGGACAAAAAGAGACUUCUCCAACUGUGUUUGGUGAUUUUAGAGAAGAAAGUUCGGCGUCGCCGAUGAGCGUCGUGUCGGAAGGGACACCGGCGUCUUUGAACACGAAUAAUACUAAUAGCAACAACGUCGAGGAGUCGCCGUCUUCGUUUGGAGGAUUUACCUCGUCACCUGGAUUUACGUUUGGUCAGCAGAGACGAGAAGAAGAACCGUCGCCGCCGAAUCCGCAGUGGGCGCACAUCAAAACGCCGACGGAGUUUUCGCCCUCUAUGUUUGCCGAGACGCAUCCCGGGGUGAGGACGACGAGUUUUAAUACCACCACGCCGACGGGAUCGGCGAACGCGACUUCGACGCCGUUGAUUUUUCAAAGCGGCGGUGGCGACGGAAGUUCAGAGGGCGGCGGAUUUAGUGGAAGCGCGACAAAGCCAAAGUCGUACAGUAGGAGUAAUAGCAGUAAAGCAAAAGGCAGCAGUAGCGGUGGUAGAAUGCAGAACAAAAGUAGCGCGAAUAGCGAUAGAAUGCAAGAAGUUCCGAGCGAUAGUAAGGAAGCGGCAAAAAUGGCGACGAAAGCCGCGACGAGUUUUCGAGAAAAUGGCGCGUUUUCCCCGCAGGCGGUGUUGAGCAACUCCUUCUCAAAGGUGACCAUUGGAGGUGAAAGCAACAACAUCAACGGUAGUGGUAGUCCGUUACCCAGCGCGUCUGCCUUUAACGUCGGUUACAACUUUACUACCGACGGAAGACCAAUCCCGCGAAUAGUAAACGGCGAAGGUGCGCGAAAACCGUAUAAGAAGUUUGCCGUCGUGAAGUCACCGGGUUCGCCAAAGUCGCCAACAACAACGGGCAGUAGUGCAACAAAUGCGUUCGGUCGCGCGAUGGGAUCGUCGCCUUCGAGGAAUAGUCCUUCGUCCGAGAAAGAGAUGGAGAAAAUGGUAAACGUAGAAAAAGAUGUGAAAGCGUAUAAACUCGAAGCGAACGGAUUGUUUCAAGAAGCUUCUUCUUUUGUGAAUCAAGAUAAAGACGAGCAGGCUUUGAAGAAGUUCCGCGCGGCUCGAGAUACGUACACGCGCGCAAUAAUUAUGCUCGAAAGCAUUGCGCCGUCCCCGGACAAACACGGUAGUUUUUCGCCGAGUAGAAACAACGGCAGCGGCGCGCCGUUUCUUCCCACGAGACAGCUGUUAGGCAGAGAAGCGGGGACACUUUUGAGCAACCGAGCGGCAUCGACGCUGAUGGUUAUACAAAUAGAAGAAUCGAGAGAACGAGCGAAGGAGAUGGACGGUAAGUACACGCCGGAUAUGCUUUGGAAGUAUCGCCAGAAAAUCCAGGAAUGCAUCGAUGAUUGCAUGCGCGCGAGAAAAGCGGAUGCGACGUACAUGAAACCGAUUUUGCGUCAAGCGAAAUGUCACGAGCGUCUGGCUGAUUUUACUGCGGCGUGUGCGUGUUACACUACGAUUGUUUCGAGCUCGAAAGCUUCGGAGAAGGAAAAAGAAGAAGCGCGCGUAGAGCUCGAGCACGCGAAGCGUUUGAAAAUAAUCUCAGAUGUGACGUAUCUCACCGACGCGAGACGCGCUUUGAGAAGAACACCCAUAAACGGCGGAGAAAGCUUCGUGCAGAACGAGUUGUUAGUGAAAUCGGCGAUAACAGAUGCGACGGAUAUUGAGGGCAGGGCGACGCACAUGCCGUUGGACACUCGGCAGCUCGUGGCGUGCUUGAAAAUAAACGCGCUCAUGAUUUGCGGACAGUAUAAAGAAGCAUUAGAAACGUUGGAAUCGUUCGACUUUUUCGCCCCGUUAUCUCCGACAAAACCAAAAGGAACGAGGAACAAACACUCUCCCCCUCGCGUGGUCGAACCGGAAGACGAUAUGGCGGUCAGAGAGAACAUAAUCGAGAUGACUUUGUUGCGCAUAGUCGUGCACUACGGAUUAGGUGACGUGGACGAUUUGGAACGGUUCGCGAAACAAACGAACGGUUUCACCGGUCCAACGUUUGGCGGCUCAGAAACUGGUGAACCUGGAGGAGAUGGCCCUGAGCAUAAAACGUUCACCAUGUUAGACACGUUUAACGCGAUUCGUCCCGACUCCGGAGCUAUCUUUGCCGUUCUGAAAGAUCAAUACGACGCGCGCAUGUGCGGGAACUCCGCAUUCUCGAGUGGCGAGUACGACGAGGCCGAGAUGCACUACACGAAGUGCAUCGCGGCGUCUAAUUCGUCGUUAUCGAAACAGUUUGUUAGCGCCAUUCUGUGUAAUCGCGCUGCUGCGCGUAUGGGUGCGCAGAAGUACAUCGACGCCAUGCUCGAUUGCGGUCGCGCCAUCAUUCUCGACCCGACGCGCGCGAAAGCGUACUCUCGUCGCGCGGCGAUCUUCUCGCACUUGCGUUUGUUCGAAAAGUCUUUAGAAGAUUUGAACAUGUACGAGAAAACGGCGGAUGCGAACGGCGACGUCAAGCAAAAGAACGACGCCAAGAGUCGCGCGAAAGAGUUGAAAGCGGUGGAAAUCAAAUUGGAACAGCAGUACGGCGAAUCCGCUCCAAUACACGCUCGCGCCAUACUCGGUUUCUCCGACGACUCGUCCACCACAUCUCUGAGCGACAGCGACAUCACGAAAGCGUUCAAAAAGUUAUCCUUGCGCGCGCACGCGGACAAAGUCUUCCACCCGAACGAGCUCCCGAGCCAUUUCGUCGCCGGGAACGAGGACGUGCUCAAACUGCUCACCGAAGACGCAAACAGAGUUUUCAACCAUCUCAACGUCGCGAAAGACGCGUUAAAAACCUCCGCCGACCGACGUUCCCACGACGCCUCUGAGUACCAAUGGGACAGCACGGUCUCCGUCCAACGACGCCGCGCGUCCUCGAGCUCGAACUCGGCGGGAAGCCGCCACGGACGCCCUUCGGCGCGCGAUUUUUACUCCUCAAACGCGGAGGACGCCAUGUUCUACAACUCCUUUUACGAAAGUCAAAGCGCGUUCUAUACCAGCAGAAACGCCCAAAAUGGUGGUCAAGGUGGUCCGUCCUCGUCCUCGUCCAGAGGAGGAGGAAGGACAAGCGGCAGUGGAAGAAACCGAAGAGGCGGUCAUCGCAGGUAA